AUGUCUCCACCAGGUUCAUCAAGAUGGAGCCCUACCACAGAACAGCUAAUGAUCUUAGAGGAACUGUAUAGGAGUGGGAUUAGAACUCCUAGUGCCUCUCAAAUUCAGCAAAUAACGACUCACCUUUCUUUCUAUGGAAGGAUAGAAGGAAAGAAUGUGUUCUAUUGGUUUCAGAACCAUAAGGCUAGGGAUAGACAAAAGCUCAGGAGGAAACUCAACAAGCAGCUGCAGCUACAGCAGCAGCAGCAGCAACAACAACAACAACUCCAAGUUCAUCAUCAUUUCCAACUGAAUCAGGAUAUCACUAACCAUUUUGUUGGUACCUUUGGUUAUCCUCCUUGUUCUCCUACCCAAGAUUUUUCCUUUUAUAACUCAGCUACCUUGCUUUUUCAGGGAGGAGCUGCAAACACAACAGAAGAAGCAUUGAAUUGCAAGUGGAAUGUGUAUAAUCCUCAAAGCAAUUUGGUAGAGAAGAAAGAGAUGACAUUGUGCAAUUAUGGUUGGACACUUGUGGAUGUUAACCAAGCAUCUUCAUGUUGCACUCGACCUCUCAAGACUCUUGAUCUCUUUCCACUGACAACUACAAGAAUCAAAGAAGACUGCAACACAUCCAAGCAACUCUAA